GGACAACAAACUGCAGAUGCAGGUCAACAACCUCGAGCUGCGGCUGCGGGACAAGGACGCGCUCAUCGCAGAGCUCAACAGGAUCCGCGACAAGCUGUCCAACGACUGGCAGACGAGCAAGCUGCGCUACGAGGCCGAGCGCGACAACGUGGGCCGCCUGCAACUACUGUUACACACGCACAAGGAAACCGCCGAGAGUUUGCAGAACCAAGACUCCAACAUGAUCCAGAUCCUCAAGAAGCGGCUGGAAAGCGCGAUGCAGUCCGAAGUGGAUCUACAGCAGCAGCUGCAACACGCGCGGACGAGGGUGGCUCAUCUGGAGCGACAGUUGUUGGCCAACGAUGCUGGUGGGGAUGACGCGGUCAAGGCACAGCUACAGCAUGAGCUGGACAACAACGAGCGGCUUCGCGGCGAGAUCUCUGUGCUCAAAUCUAAGCUGGAACUAGAGCGCGGGCGCGCGGCCGACGCGCGCGCGUCGCUGGAGCACGUGCGCGCGCGCGGGAACAAGGAGCUGGACGCCGCGCGCGAACACGCCACCGCCGUCAAGAACGAGCUGGCUGAUGCUAAGAGGUUAAAACAUGAAGCGAGCGUCGAGUUAUUACGGGCAAAAGAACUGCUCAACAUCCAGAGUGACACAAUUACUGAGCUGGAGAAGAAGUUGAUGGCUUCGGCCAAACAGCGACCGAUGGCCGAUACACUGACUGAGAUAGAAACCCACAAGAGCGAACUAUCUCGAGAAAUCGCCGCGCUCAAGAAGUGCCUCGCCGACGCGCCGCAACUACAGGCCGUCCGCGCCGAGCGGGACAUGUUGCAAGCCAAGCUGCAACAACAACAGCAGUUGCAGCAACAACAACAACCAGACGAGCGGGACCAGGCCGUCCGCUACCUGCACGGGCGCUGCGUGCGUCUGGAGAGCUGCCGCAAGGCGCUGGUGUGGCAGAAGCGCUACCUGCAGCGAGUGCUGGCGGGCUACGCCGAGCUGGAGCGCUCGCUGCGCCUGCCCGAGCCCCGGCCCAGCCCCGGCCUCAAGCGGUUCAAGUGUGCGGCGCUGGCGGUGGUGGUGACUCUUCGCAUGGCGUUCCUGGUGCGGCGCCGCUCGCACGCGCGCGCCGCCUCCGCUGCCGUGCUCCGACAUCCAGACUCCGCUAGGAAUACCACGUGCGUAUACAAUAUUCACCCUUAUGUUAAGUAG